AUGAAAAAGAUUAAGGUUAGGGCAUCGUCUUUGAUGAGAGCCAAUGAAAAAGUGAAAUGUAAAUUUCGACGAAUUUUUAAAAAAAUUUUCGAGAUUGUUCCAUACAGACCCGAAACUGAAUCCAAAACUGUCUAUGGGAUAAAGUUACUUUUUAUGUGUACGGUGUAUGCUGUUUGUCUUUUCUACCUUGUGAUUCUAUCAUUCGAUAUUAAAAACGAGAAUCCACACCUUCAGACAUACAAAGAUUUAUCACAAACGAUACCUGCGCCAUACCUGCACUUUUCGGCUCCAUUCGAUUUUACGCUAAGUUGCAAUUUUGUUAGAGCAGAUACUCAAGUCGCUAACGGAAAUAAUUUGUGUCAAGAUUACUUUGAUAAUAACUUGACUACAAUUAAGCCGGGAAAAGCUGCCUCAUGGAACCCGGCUCAACUCUCAAAUAAUUCGGACGUUGGCGUACAAUUUGGCCCUAAUAAAAUUUUUGGAAUAAUAGUGGAAGUGUAUCGAAGCAAAAAUUCUAGCAACACCUUGAAUAAUCAAACAAAUUCUAUCUGGAAUACGAAUAUGUGGGUUAAAAUUGAUGAUUCAGAAUUUUACAAAGCGAACUUCUCUCAGGAAGAUCCUAAUUCAGUUGAUGUGGUGGAAGAAGCGUUCAAAUUAGAAAAUGUGCAUUUUGUUUCGCCGGGUCAGAAACAUAUCGUGUGGUUCGAAAGGUCACAAAACAAAGAUCUUAAUAAGAUUGGAGUUUUUAAUCGAGCUGGCAUCCUCACAAAAACGAAUGACUAUUUUGUUAUUUCAUCUUCUAUGGAUGUCGUUAGUCCAGAUAAUGCAACCAAGUUUGAUCCGUAUGCGACCAUUGAAUUCUAUUAUCAGACGCGAGUGAUGAUAGUAAACGAGGAGACAAAAGAUAAAACAGUUCUUGGCUUAUUAAGUUCUAUUGGUGGUGCAUUUAGUUUAGGAGUAGCAAUCUAUGCAUUUUGUUUUGGUGCGUCGCAAAUAUCUCCCUUCGGAUGGGCUCAAGAACUGCCUUUUAUCAGAGGUCAAAUGAAGAGAAAGUUACGAGAAACGUUCAAUAAAAUUGAAGCUUUACCGUUAAUCGACGAUAUAGACAUCGAUGAACUUAAAAAUCUUGAAAGUAAAUUGAGAUCCGGUGAGAUUUCAAGUACAAGAAAUAACGAACCAAAUAAUAUCGAUAUGGUUGGUUCCAAUCAUGGCAACUCCGGGCAAAUCAGUAUUGAACUCAUUAAUAAAUUGAUAAGCCACAUUAACUUGUUGGAAAGACGAUCAUAUGCAACCGAGAUUUUAUUUCGAGAUUUUAUUGUGGACGUUGGUGAUUUUGAGGAUCUUGUAGUUACCAAAGACCAACAAAAGCAGAAAAAACAACAAGGACAGAAAACAAACGAUACCGUGUAA